UUUGACGUUUCCAUUUUUGACAGAUGACGGCCUCCUUUUCAAAUCGUCCAUUGUUGACGAUAGUUUUCGAUAUUUUUUAAAUCCAUCAUCAUCGGCUCCAAAUAGCCGUGUUUUAACAAAAAUUUAGUGGAAAUCGAAAGAAAAUGCCACCAAAAUUCGAUCCCAAUGAAGUCAAAUACGUAUACCUCAGAUGUGUGGGAGGAGAAGUAGGAGCCACAUCAUCCCUUGCCCCUAAAAUCGGUCCCCUAGGUCUGUCUCCCAAAAAAGUCGGUGAUGACAUCGCCAAAGGCACAGCCGAUUGGAAAGGUCUGAAAAUCACUGUACAAUUGAAAAUCCAAAAUCGUCAGGCCACCAUUUCGGUAUGCCCCUCAGCGGCUUCUCUAAUCAUUAAAGCUUUGAAAGAACCACCAAGGGAUCGUAAGAAGCAAAAGAACAUCAAACAUAGUGGUAACAUUUCCUUUGACGAUGUAAUUUCUAUCGCCAGACAAAUGAGGCCCCGUUCCAUGGCCAAAAACUUGGCAGGCACAGUUAAAGAAGUCUUAGGUACUGCCCAAUCUGUUGGCUGCACAAUUGAUGGUAAGGCACCACAUGACGUCAUUGACGAAGUAAACGCUGGUUCCGUUGAAGUGGCAGAAGAGUAACUAGAUUUUUAAAAAUAAAUGACUAUUUGUAAGUUAUAAAAUGUGUAAUUUUUUUUUCCUUAAAAUUUUGUUUAA